AUGUCGCGCGCGGUUCGAUACGCGAGCGAUGUGUGCGAUCUUUUGGGCGUCGAUCGCGCCGCGACGCGCGCGCUGGCGGGGAAGAUGCCGUGGAUUUUCGGUUCGACGGCGACACCGUCGAGGGCGUUGACGCCGUUCGCGUUCGCGUCGGCGUCGAUCGAUCGCGCGCGACGGCGACGGGCGUGGGCGCGCGCGGCGGUGAUCGUGGUGUCAUUGAUGGUGAUGCGCCGCGCGAUGGAUCGCUCGGUGUGGACGCGGAGGCGUCGGGCGAAGCGACGGGGGGAGCUGUUGGAACGAAUGUCCGCGGCGGAGACGUACGAGGCGUUCGAGGACGCGGCGUUGGAGUUGGAGAAACACGAUGCGAGCGUGGAGGCGGAGGAUGAGCGAGAAAGAGGCGAAUUGCACGCGAGCGCGGAGAACGCGAAACGCGCGACGAGCGCGUGGGGGAGCGGCGCGCGGUCGUACGACGUCGAUCUCAUCGAUGAACAGUUGAGACAGUUGCAGGCGCAACGCGCGAGCGGGAACGCGGAGGAGAUGAUGUUUUUGCUCCGGGCGGACAUCUUGAGAAAUCUUGGGUCGUUGAUGCACGACAGUAAGGUGAGGUUCUCGACGCCGAGCAGCGAACCCCAGGCGGUUCCCAGGGUGGUUCGCCAGUACAUGGCCGAGCUCAAGAGUCAGUUGUUCAGCAUCGCUCAGGACGAGAAGGUGACGAUACAAGAGAAGUUGAUCUUCUUACAGGAGACGAGGCACUGCUUUGGCCGCACGGCGCUGAUGAUGAGCGGUGGGGGGACGCUGGGGACGUUUCAUGUCGGCGUCGCAAGGGCGUUGAACAGGAAACAUUUACUCCCACGUGUGUUAGCAGGCUCGUCUGUUGGUUCGAUCGUUGCCGCGAUCAUCGCGAGUCGAACCCAGGAGGAGCUUGACGAGUUCUUCAGCGAGGAGAACUUUUGGGAUUUACUCCCGGAUCUCACGUUUUUCAGUGGGAACGAUCCGAUGAGCGUGAUGAAGCACUACUUGCGCACUGGGGCUCUGCACGACAUCGAUUUCUUCCAGCGAUGUCUUCGCGCGUUGCUCGGUGACUUGACGUUUCAAGAGGCGUACGAUCGUAGCGGUGGACGCAUUCUCAGCGUAUGCGUGUGCGGAACGACGAUUGGCGAGAAGCCACGUUUGUUGAACCAUCUGACGUCGCCGCACGUCGUCCUGUGGUCAGCGGUCGCAGCCUCGUGUGCAUUCCCGGCGCUUUUCCCCCCACAACCACUCCUAGCGAAGUCCCGAAACGGCACCUUCGUCCCAUGGCUCCCCGAGGGCAAGGCUGGACCUCGACGGUGGCGUGACGGCUCACUCGAGGCUGAUUUACCUAUGGAUAACCUCCGAGAGCUCUUCAACUGCAACUAUUUCAUCGUCUCGCAAACCAAUCCGCACAUCGUGCCGCUACUACGAAUCAAACGAUGGUUCACCUCGCAUGGGCGUCUUCUGAGAUUCUGGGCGUAUUUUAUUGAGAGCGAGUGGAAACAUCGUUGUCGACAGGUGUUGGACCUCAUCCCGAGCGUUGAUGUCUUUGACGUCUUCAAACUCUUUGGUCAACAGUGGGAGGGCGACGCCACGGCGGUGAUGUGGUAUACGUGGAAACAGUUCUCUCGCAUCGCUAGUAACCCAACUCGAGAGUUCUUGUUCGAAACGGCGACGAUGGCGGAGAAGGAAAUCUGGCCACAGCUUGCCGCAAUUGAGCACGCGAUGGGCAUCGAACUCGUCCUCGACGAGUGCGUUGCCUCUCUCCGAAAGAACCUCCGUCACCACGGCCGAAUGGGUUCUCGCGGCCGAGUUCCGAGUUGGAACAUGGUCAACUUUGCUACGAGGGCGUCCUACGCCCAGAUGGAGCGCAACGACUCCGUCGAAGCCUCCUCUGAAGGCGCGACGCCGAAUCGUCGCCACUCGAAAAACUCCUCCACUGCCUCCCUCAUCCACGCCGACGACGUCGCUGAGGACGACACCAUCCUCCCGUACGACAUCAUCGCUGCCGCCGAGAGCGCGAGCGAGCGUGACAUCCACGACGCCCUCUACGCCGACGCCUGA